AGAAAAGACUUUAAGAAAUUUUCGUGCUAAGAAACAUUUUAUAAAUGAAUAGUUAUGACAUAAAAUAUUGAAUCAAACGCAGCCAAGUAUACGUGCAUUAUGGCGAUCGGGUGCGUGUAAGUUUUGCGCGCUCUUUUACUUUUCGGCAUUUUCCUGGCUAAAUUACGGAGCGUAUACUGUAAUAAUUGAGCGGACGCUAAAUUAAAAUACCGGCUAAUUUGUAUCCAUAUUAAAAAGGUCCGUUUCCGUUCGAAAUAUUUUUUGAACACGUCGACAAUUCCGAAGCAAAAUGCCACAGACGAGGUGAGCGAACGAGUUUCCAUUUGGUCUCAAAAUUUCAUACAAUUCUUUCUGUAUUUAGUCAGAAGCAUUUAGAAUUUGUUUAAUAUAAAUUAGACUGAUCUAUACAAUUUCCUGUGCUUUCUAAUUAAAAAAAAUUUGAGAAAUAUGCAUGUAUAACCUUCUUUAAUCAGUAUCUACUUUUUAAAAGCUGUAACAAUAUUAUAUGAAUAAUAUAUGCUUGGAUUUUUAUUCUGUAGAUUCAUGAAUACUUUGUAAAUGACCUUAUUAAAUUGUAAUAUUUCUAUGGAAUAUAUUUAACUUCAAAAAAAUGUUAGACGUUAAUUAGGACGUAAUUCUCUGUUACCUUCUAAAAAUAUUUUUAUCUACUUUACAAAGACGUUAAGCUUGUUUAAUAUAAUUUGAUAUUGCUGCAAUAAUGUCAAUAACAAAUCAUUCUCUUCCCUUAUUCAGUUUACACGGGAAAAAAUCACAGACUUAUUUACAAGGAGGAAAAGUAGUAACACAAACUUCAAAACGUAAAAGACGGGCAACAGAAAUUUCUGAAGAUUCAGAAAAUGUAUAUCCGCCUAGUAAAAUACCAGCUUUAUCACAUGUGUCAUACACUGAAUCAUGUCAUACAGUACAUUCUUUAGAAAAUUCAUGCACACCACAUCAAGUAUCUCCAUUGAAAGAGCAACAAGAGCCAGCCACAUGGUCUGAAUUAAGAACUGCAACAUGCUUUUUAACACCAUCAUCUUCUAAUAAUACAUCAAAUAGACCUAGCCCAUUACCAUCAUUUCCAUGGGCUGAUGGUUCUCAAGUUUGGUCUCUUAUGUGUUUGGGAGAUCAAAAGACUAUUACUCAAAGAAAUCCACAAAUGUUCCAAAGGCAUCCAACAUUACAACCAAGAAUGCGAGCAAUUUUGUUAGAUUGGUUGAUUGAAGUUUGUGAAGUAUACAAGCUACAUAGAGAGACCUACUAUCUCGCAAUGGAUUAUAUAGACAGAUAUUUGUCCAUUCAUCAAAAUGUACCCAAAAAUCAAUUGCAAUUAAUAGGUAUUACAUGCCUUUUCAUAGCUGCCAAGGUUGAAGAAAUAUAUCCACCCAAAAUAGCAGAGUUUGCAUAUGUUACUGAUGGAGCUUGCACAGAGGAAGAAAUUUUAGGAAAAGAAUUAGUGAUUUUAAAAGGCCUUGGGUGGAACUUAUCCCCAGUCACUGCUCCUGGCUGGCUUAAUAUCUAUAUGCAAAUUGAAUCGGGCGAUUGGUCAAGGCCAAAUGCAUUUAUUUACCCACAAUAUGGAGGUCUACAAUAUUCUCAGGCGGCUCAACUAUUAGAUUUAGCUACAUUGGAUGAAGGAAGUUUGAAGUUUCCUUAUAGUCACAUAGCUGCAGCGGCUAUCUAUCAUACACAAGGAAGGGAAUGUGCUUUAAGAGUAUCACGCAUUCCAUGGGAACAGCUUGCACCCUGUGUCAAAUGGCUUACACCCUUUGCAAUGACAACUGCUGAAGAACAUUCUCAGUGCCUUUUGAGGUCUACAAUAACACCUGUGGAGUCUCAUUCUGGAUCUGGACUUAAGGCAACAGUGCCUAAUAUUGUAAUGGAUGAAUCACAUCGUAUACAAACUCAUGUUGUAGAUUUGAACAUGCUAGAAAGGGCGCAGCAACGAUUAGUACAUGAAAUACCUUCUACUGAUACAAAUGAAUCUGACUCUAAUGCUGAACCUGGUAGACAGAGUCCAAAUGAAAGUGGUCUUUUAACUCCACCAUCUAGUAGUCAAAAAAAUUCUACCACACCGUCGCGUCCUCCACCACAGUUACAUCCGUAUACGUAAUUAAAUAUUUAUAAAUACUUGAUAGUCUUUGAUUCAGCAUUUCAUUUACUAACUGCUGGUGAAUGAUUUUAAUGUAUGUAUCUAUCAGAAAAUAUUAACUGCUUUGAACAGUUUUGCCUUUUGUAAAAUUGCACAAUGUCCUAGAAAAUACGAGAUUGCACGAAUGCACGAUAAUUACAGUAUAUACUGUACUAUUAUCGUAAAUAAUACGGUGCUCCCUAUUGAAGUACGUUGUCCUUGAACAAUGAUAUUUAUCAUGUAAUAGUAAGUCUUACAGUACAAGGUGUUAACCAUUUUGUGUAGUAGUGUCCAUAGUGAUACUGAAUUUAUUUAAUAUUAUAUAUUUGUUUUAUUGUAAACGUUUAAAAGAAGUGCCUUACGUAAAGAAAUGUAAACUUACACAUAAGCCUAUCUAUGGCUAUCUUCUGUGAUUAUAUCCAUGCAGUGAAUCUUGAUAAUACAUUAUAUUAAUACAGGCAGAAUUAAAAAUAACAAUUAUUUUCAUAAAUCUCUAGAAAACAUUAGUGCCUGCGAAAAGUGUCCUUAAAAACAACUGUUUUUAUUAGUACUGAGCUAAAUAUUGUGAAUAGUAUUCUUUUAUAUAUCAUGCUUUAUUUUAACGCAACGUAUUAUAACAAUGCGUUAUUAAGCCGGGUGAAUGUAUUUUUAUGUAUAUGUACACUGUGAAGUACUAAUAAUAAAAAAAAGGGAGAGAGAGAGAGAAUGCGUAAGCAUGAAUGCACAAAUGACGAUAUAAGACUAUUAAUUAUCAAAAGAUUUAAAAAAUUUCGUGAUGAAUUUACACUGCCUUGUAAUAAAGCGCGGCCGUUUAUAUACAUUUGUAUGAAAAAUUUGACAAUAAAUACUUGUAAAUCUGA